AUGUGGACUACUAUGAAAAAGAAGAAGCGGUGCAUCAUCGUGGCUCAGGGCUUCUAUGAAUGGCAAAAGAAGAAUGGCGGCAAGGAAAAGAUACCACACUUUGUCAAACGCCAGGACGGCCAGCUCAUGUGCUUUGCAGGGUUAUGGGAUAGAGUGCAGUUUGAAGACUCAGAUAAAGAGCUCUUCACCUAUACAAUCAUCACCACCGUCUCGAAUAAGCAGCUUAACUUUUUGCACGACCGUAUGCCAGUCAUGUUUGAUAAUGGCUCGGACGCUAUCCGGACUUGGCUCGACCCAAGUCGCACCGAGUGGAAUGAUGCCUUGCAGUCAUUGUUGCGACCUUUCCAUGGCAAACUAGAGUGCUACCCAGUCAGCAAAGACGUUGGCAAGGUUGGCAACAAUUCGCCCUCGUUUCUCGUACCCGUCGAUAGCGCGGCCAACAAGAAUAACAUUGCCAACUUUUUCCAAAGUCCGCAAAAGCAAUCCGUCAACAGAACGGAGCCUGACGUCAAAGUUGAGCACGAAGAUGAAACCCGUGCGACGACGGACCGCAUCCAAGGAACCGAAGACAAUGCUCCAUUACCUGUUUCAGAGACUCACGGCAUCAAACGAGAACACGACGACGAUGAGUCUGAAUUACCAAGCAAACGCCUAAACAGCAAUGCGGCUCCGAGUCCUGCCAAAACGUCCAAGAGGCAGGGCACUAGGAGCGCCACGAACAACGGCAGUGCCGCAAAGACGACCAAAGACAAGGCAUCUCGGAAGAUUACGGCCUUUUUUACCAGCAAGUGA